UAUCACCCGCAUCCCCCAGACCGUUUACAUGGAUACCGACAAGUACUAGUAGGCCUGUGUUCACUACCAUUUAGCUCCUCCCGUCGAGUGACGUGGGACGCAUUUAUACCAUUGUACCUCCUCCUUCUCCCUCGAAACGCCGAUCCCUUCCUGUCCAUCCUUUCCUCCUCUCUCCCUUCCUUCGGCGGCAACGGGAAUCUCGUUGAACAAGACAUCUUCUUGUUCUUAUCUUGUCCCACCAUACAAUCACCCACGAAGACCAGGACCAGACCAAGCAUACACACACCAUGGCAUCCUCGCAGGAAGAAAAGACCACCUUCGAAAAUGUCGAGGCGGCCGACUACUCGGACCGCGCCAACAGCGCCGCCACCACGGGCCACAAAGUCGAGGCCGUCGCCGGAUCCACCAAGGACGGCGGCGCCAUCUCGCCGGACGACUUUGGCUUCUCGCCCGAGGAGCAGAAAAAGAUCCUCCGGCGGGUCGACCGCCGGCUGGUGCUGACGGUGGGCGCCAUGUACUGCAUCAGUCUGAUGGACCGGACGAACCUGGGGGCGGCCAACAUUGCGGGCAUGGGCAAGGAGCUGAUGUUGAUUGGGAAUCGAUACAGCAUCAUCUCGCUCGUCUUCUUCGUCACCUACAUUGUCUUCCAGCCGCCAUCGACCAUCAUCGUGCGCAAGAUCGGGCCGCGCAUCCACCUCGCGGCCAUCACGCUGCUCUGGGGCGGGUGCAUGGUGGGGAUGGGCUUUGUCAAGACGUGGGAGGCGAUGGCGGGUCUGAGAGUCCUGUUGGGUGUGCUGGAAGCUGGCUUCUUCCCCAGCUGUGUGUACCUGCUGAGUACAUGGUAUACGCGAUAUGAGGUCGGCAAGCGGAAUUCGGUCUUCUACCUGGUCGGCUGCGUUGCGUCAGCCUUUGCUGGUAUCCUGGCUUACGGGAUUAUGCAAAUGCACGGCAUCGCGGGCCUCACCGGCUGGCGCUGGAUCUUCAUUAUCGAAGGACUCCUCACCAUUCUGAUCGGAGCCGCCGGCUACUGGCUGCUUGUGGACUUCCCCGACUCGAAGCGGCUGAACUGGAGCUUCCUGGGCGCGCAGGAGCGCGAGUGGAUCUGCGCGCGCGUCGAUGCCGACCGCGGCGACGUCAAGCCGCAGCCCUUCUCGAUGGCCAAGUACCUGCGCGCGGGCACGGACAUCAAGAUCUGGGCGUACGCCAUGAUCUUCUUCAACACGACGACGGUCACGUAUGCGCUCGCCUACUUCCUGCCCAUCAUCCUGACGGAGAACAUGGGCUUCACCGUGGGCGAGUCGCAGUGCCUCGUGGCGCCGCCGUACGCCUUCGCCGGCAUCGUCAUGUUCGCGACGGCCUGGCUGGGCGACAAGUACCGCCUGCGCGGGCCCGUCGUCGUCUUCAACAGCAUCCUGUGCCUGAUCGGCCUGCCCAUCAUGGGCUUCCACUCCAACGCCGGCGUGCGCUACUUUGGCGUGUUCCUCGUCACCGCGGGCGCCAACUCCAACGUCCCCGCCGCCAUGUCGUACCAGGCCAACAACAUCCGCGGCCAGUGGAAGCGCGCCUUCUGCAGCGCCACCUUCGUCUCGUUCGGCGGCAUCGGCGGCAUCGCGGGAAGCUUGGUCUUCCGCAGCCAGGACGCGCCGGGAUACCGGCCGGGCCUGUACGCCUGCAUCGCCACGACGCUUCUCACCAUGAUCCUGGUCGGGUGCCUCAGCAUCUCUUUCUACCGCCUCAACUCGCAGGCGGACCGGGGCGAGAAGGAGCUCGAGUGUGAUGCUGAUGACCACUACGAGCCUGGGUUCCGCUACACGUAUUAAAAGCAGUGUGGAAAGAAGGGUGGCGCCGGAAGGCGUGUGUGUGUGGGUGGGGGAGGGGGGGCGGAGCUUGGGCAGCGUAAUGACGGCCAUGUUCAUGAAAGGGUCAGGAUUAG